UGCGCGAGCGCUGCCGACAUUAGGAAGACGGGAUCGAGGCAAGAGAUCCUUGCGCUCCUGGUACGUGAUUUUCCCGGGUAAGGAAAGAGAUCUUCCGGCAUUUGCAGGCCAUACGCAUACGCAUCGUGCCAUGCCGCCAGGACUUUGUUUGAAUCGAUCAUCAACAGGCUCGAGGAGCGCCGAAAUGGCUACUCCAGCGCGCGCAAGUGUGAGAGAUCCUCGGAUUUUGUGGAAUGUCUUCCAGAUGCUUGCGAGGAGGCUGUUCGUCUUCCAGAGUACCACAUGUUUCUUUUAUCUUUCAUUUGUUCAUUUCUCUUGACGUUUUUGCGGUACAGAGCUGCUCGUCUCCAUUAAACGGCAAGUCCAAUAGCGAACUAUGUUUGGCAACUUGAGCUGGUUCAAACGAGAAACAGGGGUUGUCUACCUCAUCAUUGAAAACAUUGAUCAGGAACUGGAGUGGUGGACAAAACCUUUUAUCCGUUUUGUUCCGGCUUCCCAGUUUCUCCAGUGCCGUGUUGAAGCCGUUUAGUUGAGCAACACGGAGAAUAACCGAGCUCAUGAUGCUGCUAGAGCCUCUGUUUGAGCAGUACUACGCGCCAGGUGAGGCUGCAAGCCCGUCCCAAGAAGCUGCGAACGUGUGGCUUGAUAAGCGUGAAGAAAUUUUGUUUCCCUUGCUUGUUCGGAAGCAUUGCUCCCGAGAGCACCAGGAAAGUUAUUGGAGUUACCAGGUGGAGGGUCACCAGCGAUUUACAAUUUUUGAUGCCCGCCACGCAGUGGCUCAAGGAAACAAAGGAGAAGGAGUUCUCUUUCAGCCACGGAAGAAACAAGAUGGAGAGGCAACUCAAAGGUCCAGGCAGACAAAGCAUCUCUUUGGAGAGGCUCCUGACAAUAUUCUCGUGCAUUGCAACCGGCCAGGAUUUCCAUGACAACAAACUGGAUGAAGACGCAGGAAUCCAAUGUUCUAAACGCUUGUGGGGGUUUGUAUCAAAAGGACUCCCAAUCCACUUGAAGGAUCUCCAAAGUUUCGGUGCAAUGUGGAGGAGGAAGCCAAUUCCUUCUUUUUGGCUUUGUGGAUCGUUAGGAGCAUUAAUAUUGGCCAACAAUUGUUAGUA